UGACUCAUUGUUAGAGAAAAGAAGCGAAUGGGAAAUUAAAUCUAACACUAAGGAAAUGAAAUAAAAAAAAUACGAUUGAAAUGAACGAUACUCCUUCACUAACUUCUUGCGCUUGGCUUUUCCUUCACGGCUCCUUUAUGAGUGAUGCGUAUCACUCGUGAGGGGAAAUUGGCGCGGUUAAAGCUUCAAUUUCUUUUCUUGGAUGGGCCUGGUUGAUAUGAAAGCUUCGACCUUUUUUUUUUGCUCUCUGCUCUGUUUUCACCUGGAGAAUCUGUGCAUUACUCUUUAAUUUCCAUGGUUUCUGCAUUAUUAAACUUAACCUUUCCUCACAGGUGUUUAAUGACUCCUUCGUAUAGCUAAUAUUUUCCGUACCAGAUCUUGAAGCAGUUGUGUUACUUUAUCUCACACUUCUGUGAACUUAGUCUCAUAAUAAAAUUGCAAAGAUUGAUAAUGAUAAAUUCUGAAGGACAAUCACACUCCAAAAACUAAAGAUGGACAAAUUCAUCCUGUCCUCUUUAUGAACGGAAAAACUAGUAAACUAAAAGUAACCUACCAUUGUUUUGUAAUUCUAUCUUCUGGCAAUUCAUUCUAUUUACCACAAAAAGUUUCUUGUUAGACAGUUUUGACAAUUUUAAGUUCAGCAUUCUCUAUGCUCAUAUUCAGCUAUGUGCUGUUUGGUUUCAAUCUUUCAGCCUCUACUGAUUCAAUGCCGUUUGUUUCAUGAUGGCUAUGCUGUCAAGGGAACUCUGCUUUUAAAUAGAAAGCUUGAACCAGGAAGAAUUCAGAUUAGGCCAUCAAUGAUUAAGGUGCCAAUGGACGAAGAAUUGGAGAGUGAAGAAAUUUUUACGUUCAACUCUCUGGAGAUUAACACCAUUAGUCACAGACCUAACCGCAGUUAUCUUUCAAAAUAUUUGAUUGCUUUGCUGAGCUAUGGAGGAGUUCCUCAAGAGUUCUUUCUCAAUUUGCUUAAUAAAGCUUUAGAAGAGACGCGAAAUGUCUUCUCCAUUAGGCGGGCGGCUUUGAGAGUUGCUUCCCUCCGUGAUGACUGGGCUUUUGGUUUUAUAGCCUAGAGAAUGAUUUGCUCUGGGGUACCUCUUGAUGAACCGUUUCUCCAACAUUGUCUGGGGAAUUUGGAAAGUAGCGAGAGAACUAAACUUAAAGAAGGCAGGAUACCAGUGAAUGAAAGCUUUUACUUAAUGGGGACUGCUGAUCCUACUGGUGUACUACAUGAUGACCAAGUCUGUGUUAUCCUGCAUGUAAAAGUGUGCUUUUUCUCCUGAUGCUUUCUUCACAAUAUUGGUCCCGUGGUCUGCUCAAUCCACUUUCGAAUGCUUGCAUUGCAACUUGCAAGUUUCAUAUUCUCAUCAUGUUUUUGUGAGUUAUGAUUCAGUCAUCCUGCAUGUUACUUCUUGUAACAAAUAAAUACAUUGCUGAGACAAAAGUAGUAGGCAUCUCUUAGAAAAUUGAAACACUUUUGUGUUCGACAUGAAUUUAGACAUUGACACUAUGUUCGCUCUUUAACA